AUGCGAGCUAGUAACGUUACAAACAAUUUACGUUGUAUUUUGUUUCCCACCUCACAAGUUGGAGCAGCAAGCAGCUGGUUCAAUAAAUUUACUCAUCAUUCCAUUACUUCUUGGGAACAGUUUUCCAAGGACUUCAAAAAGCAGUUCCAGGCCGCAAGGGAUAGGCGACUCAAAGCGUCCUCACUCACCAACAUAAGGCAACAGCCUAGCGAGAUGUUUAAGGCUUACUUAAGUCAUUUUAGCACGGGUGCUGCAAGAGUAAGAAAUUUGGAUGAUAGUACGCAACUUACUGCCCUUCAGGCAGGGAUCACUACUGAUCUCUCCACCACUGGGGGUAAAUUGUGGGACGACUUACAGGGUCGUCCAGUGAAGAACAUCACCGAGUUCAACGAGAGGGCUCAGGUGUUUGUUCGAAAGGAAGAAGCUUGA